AUGGGGUGUGCAUCCAGCAAGCCGGCGCGUGAGGAGAAGCAUACCGGCGGCCAGCAGGCAGCUGGCAAGGCGGGACCUGUCCGGCCACCGCCCAAGCAGCCGCACGAGGAGGUGGAUGUCCUAGACAAGGCCACGAACUUAGUACCUCUGGAGCACAACCACAACCCAGUUCACUCAAGUAACAACAAGACGCCCGAGAAGAGCGAGGGAGGCCUCACCCCGUCGGCGUCUGGUAGAAGGCCCACGGGCACAGGGCCGGAAGUCGUCCAGGCUGUUGAGCAAGUCGUCUCGCCCACCGCCGCGAGCGAGAUGCGCGACCCGACCCCGCAAGGAGGCAAGGAGGAGCCGCGGGCUGCCACGCCGACGCGCUCGGCCGUCGCCGCGGACAUAGGCUUCGGCGAGAAGCUCUCGGCACAGGCCCAGAAACAAGCCCUCGUCGAACUGUGCCAAACCUGCAAAGAGGGGGACUUGCUGAAGAUCGGGAAGCUGCUGCUGAAGUGCCCGGACCCGAACGAGAAGGACGAGAGCGGGGAGACGCCGGUGCACUUUGCUGCCAGCGGGGGCCAUGCGAGCGUGAUCAAGUACCUGCGGGAAUCCUGGGGCGCGAACGUCCGGCUCAAGAACAACCGCGGGGAGACCCCGCUGCACGCCGCCGCGGCGCACGGCUCCUCGCACGUCGAGGCCGCGCGCUACCUCCUCAAGCAUGGGCGCGCCGACCCCAACGGGCGCAACCGCGACGGCAACGCGGCGAUGCACCUCGCGGCCGCCGCGGACGGCGAUCCCCUCAUGAUGCAGUACCUCGUGUACCAGGGCGCGGAGCUCGAGCCCCGCAACAAGGGCCAGGAGACGCCGCUGCACGUCGCCGCCUUCCACGGCCGCGUCCCGCUGGUGAAGUACCUGGUGGAGCAGGGGUGCCGCGGCGACGUGGGGAACGAGGCGGGGGACACGGCGCUGCACCUCGCCGCGCGGGAGGGCCACGCGGAGGCGCUCUCGGUGCUUCUCGCCAGCAAGGGCACCAACCACAGCGUCGCCAACAAGGCCGGAGACACCCCCCUCGCGGUCGCCAAGUCAAAGGGCCACGCGUCCGCGGCGGAGAUCCUGCAAAAGGCUGGCGCGAAUUAG